UCUGGAAGCCGAGGUUGCAGUGAGCUGAGAUUGUACCACUGCACUCCAGCCUGGGCAACACAGUAAGACUUCGUUUCAAAAAAAAAAAGAGAAAAGUGAGAGAUUGGAUUGUAAAUGUUGCUUUUGUCCUAAAGGUAAUGACAACUCACAUUUACUGACUGCAUUGUGCCAGACAUGGCUGUAAACAUUUCAAGUUAAUCUUCUUUAUAACCUAUGUGGAUAGGUACCAAUUUUAUUAACCCCUUCUCUAUAGACAAGGAAACAAGCACAGAAUAAGUCAGCAUAUGCAACCAGCGUCCAAGUCCUGGUAGUCAAGGGAGGAGAGUGAUUCAAGAAUGAGGGAUUAAUCAAUGCAGCAAUGAAAAUUGAAGGCCAAGUUUCAUAAGAGCUGAAAAUCCCCAUUGGAUUUGGCACUUGGAUCACUGGUGAGUUUAAGUGCAAUUUUAAUUAAAAGUUGUGUGCAGGCCAGAUUAAGAUGUUUUUAGGAAAGUAUGGGAAGUGAGAAAAGAGUCCAUAUUACUCUUGAAAGUUUGUAAAGGGAAGCAGAAACUUCGUGGUAUAGGGCAGUGGAGCUCUAGAGUCAGGUUUGGAUUUUAAUUCUGGUUCUGCCAUUUGUGUGUGAUGCUGAGUGAACUGUGCUAAACGUCCAAGGAAACCUGUGUUUUCUCAUCCAGAAAAUGGGACUAAUACCUACUUUGUAGGGUUGGUGUGAAGAUUAAAUAACGUGUGUGAAGUCCCUGGAAUACAGUAGGUACUGUAUAAAAUGAAAUUAAGGUUGCGGAGGGUGUUUUUUUAAAGGUGAGAAUGUUCCUAGGUUAAAAAGAAGGUACAGCUUAGAGAGGCUGACAAUAAAAAGGGUCUAUACUGAGAAGAAUGGGGUGGUCUGUGGUUUCACAGCUAGUGAAACCCGCUGUGUCUUGUGCUCACUCCACUCUGCAAGUCAGAGACAAGAGAAGUCAGCCCCAGAGUUUCUAUUUGGAGGAGCUUAGAAACAACCUUAGAAAGUGGGUGCUAAGGCAGAUUUCUGUAAGUAUGCCUACCAAGCACACUGCCUCCCUGUCUGGGGUGUGUGAUUGGGGGUGGACUGGAACGGAACUGAUGAAGAUUGUGGGUACGCUCAAGCCCUUAACAAGCCUCCCUUUUCACAGAUCCUUACCCGAGGGCUCUCUGGCAACUCCAGAGCCCUCUAGAUUUUCUUCUCACAUGCGUUCGUAACCGUCUCUUUUCUAGGGUUUUCCUCUGCGCAGGUCUUCGCGCGGGACCUCAAAGUGCGUGCCCGCUUCCCUUCCCCCAGCACUAAAGAUAAAUCUGGCGGUCCCAGCGCGCGCGCGCGCGCGCGCGCGGAGCCCGCGGGCCACACCCGCCUCCUAGCAACCGGACGCCAGGCUCAGCCUAGGGAGAGAGGAGGCCACCAUGGACCAGCCAGCCGUCACCACCGCCUCCACCACACCAAGGGAGGACCUGGUGCGUGGAGAAUCGUUCAUCACAGCCUCGAAACCAGCCCGAAAGACUUCCUCUUUUGAAAGAGAAGGAUGGUGGAGAAUAGCAUUAACAAAUACUCCUAUACCUGGCACUUACCACUUGAAAACUUUUAUUGAAGAAUCCCUGUUAAAUCCAGUGAUAACAACCUACAAUUUUAAAAACGAAGGAAGGAAAAAACCACCUCUUGUGCAAAGGAACAAUCCAGUCCUAAAUGAUCUUCCGCAGUAUAUGCCUCCUGACUUCCUGGACCUGUUAAAGAAGCAAGCGGCUACUUACUCAUUCAAAGACAAACCACGGCCAAGCCCCAGCACACUAGUUGACAAAGAUCAGUCACUUCAGCUGUCUCCGGGACAAUACAAUGUGCUUCCUGCACCGGUUCCCAAAUAUGCUUCCAGGAGCUGUGUAUUUCGCUCAACGGUUCAAAGAUUCCCAACAACUUAUUUUAUUCCUAUCUACCCCCACCCCCACCUCACAGGUGCCUGUUGCCUUAAAUUCCCCAGCUUUUCUUGUGUUCCGUGGAGCAAAUCAGCUUGCUUCUCCUUGGCAAGUCCUCUGCAAGGAUUUAGGCUUCUGCCUUCUCUACCCUGCCAGGUCAGCUACUAUUCCUCCAAAUUGCUUCACAUCUUCCAAAAAUAUGUCAUCAUCUCAUGUUGACUGUUGUGUCUUCUCUUGGCUCUCUGUGUAUGUGUAUGUAUAGGUGUGUGUUGUAGGGUAGGGUGAGAUAGAACAGGAACCCCCUCUUAGGGACCUGGAUGCCCCCCAAACAUAAAUGUUUUUUAUAUUUUAAA